AUGAGCGGCAGCUUCCAUGGAGAGUACGCCGACGAGAAGGCCGUCAUCGAGCAGGUCGAGCAGAUCGCUACUGGACGCGCCGAGAUCGACCCGGUUGCCGAGAAGCGCCUUCUGCGCAAGCUGGACCUCAUCAUUCUCCCUCAGGUUACCCUGCUCUUCCUCCUCAACUUCAUAGACCGCAAUGCUUCGGCAGCCGGCUUCCAGAAGGACCUCAAGCUGUCGGUCCCCAAGUACGAGUACAACGUUGCCCUCAUGGUCUUCUACAUCUUCUACAUCAUCGGCGAGAUUCCCUCGAACCUGGUCCUCAAGAAGGUCGGGUCCAAGUGGCUCUCGUUCCUGUGCAUGGCGUUCGGCGCCGUCACUAUCGGCUCGGCCUGGGUCCACAACUUCCAGACGUUCCUCGGCGUCCGCAUCCUGCUCGGCAUCUUCGAGGGAGGCGUCAUCCCCGGCAUCGUGUACCUCUUGACGAGGUUCUACACCCGUCAGGAGCUCGCUUUCCGCGUCGGCGUCUUCCUGUCCCUCGGGCCCGGCCUGUCAGGAGCGUUCGGUGGCCUUUUGGCCGCCGGUUUCCUCAACGCGAGCGUCGGAUCGCUGCGUACCUGGCAGAAGAUCUUCGUCUGCGAGGGAAUCAUCACCUGCGGAUACGGCAUCAUCUCGUUCUUCAUCAUCCCGACGUCGCCCGAGUCGACGCGCUGGCUCAACGAGGAGGAGCGCGCGCUCGCCGUUCGCCGCCUCGAGAUCGAGCACCUCGGCCAGGUCCACGAGAAGACGACGACCAAGGCGGUCCUCAAGGCCAUCGCCAACCCGUUCACCUGGGCCUGUACGUUUGCCUACGGCUUCAUCAACGUCAUCGUCCAGGGUACCUCGCUCUUCCUCCCGACCAUCAUUGCCGGCCUCGGCAAGUACACGACGACCGAGGUUCAGCUGCGCUCGGUUCCGCCCUACAUCGUCAGCGCCGUCUGGGCCGUCGGCGUCUCGUACAUCUGCUGGAAGACGAAGCGCCAUGGCCUGUGCAUCGCGUCGUCGGUCGUCCUCUCCAUCAUCGGCUACAUCAUGUUCCUCGCCAGCGACAACCCCAAGGUCCUCUACGGCGCCUCGUUCCUCACGUUCACCGGCGCCCUGCCAUGCGGGCCCUUCUUCCUCGCCUGGGCGACCGCGAACGCCGGCAGUCCUACCGCCCGCGCAGUUACUGCUGCCAUCGUUCCGGCAUGGGGAAGUUGGGGCAGCAUGGCUUGCACCUGGCUAUACUUUUACGUCGAGCUUCUCCUGCCUCAGUACAAGCCUCGCUACAUCCCGGGCAACUCCUUCAACGUCGCUAGCGGCGCGUGCGCCGCCCUUAUCGCCAUCGGCCUCACCCUCUACUGCCAGUGGGAGAACCGGCAGCGCGACGCCGGCCGACGCGACCACCGCCUCGAGGGCCUCACGCCCGAGCAGGCUCGCGACCUCGGUUACCGUCACCCGUCGUACCGCCUCCUCAUCUAG